AUGUGCUGUGAUGGCGAGCAGGUUGAUGACGUGGUGCCGUGCGUGGUGACGACAGCGAGCUACUGCGCGUUUUGUGUGGUGGCGAUGGCGAGCUAUCUACUCCCCGGUGUGUGUGUGUGUGAACUGCGUUUGCCAUCCCUUUCUCACAAACAAUGCCCGGUGACGCAACAACGUGGUGACGUGGUGUGGCGUGGCGGUGUUGCGCAGGUGGUGGCGAUGGCGAGCUAUUGCGCGGUGAUCGUGCCGCGCGCGCAGCUGCUGGCGGAGGCGGUGACGCAGGGCGCGUUCACGGCGGCCGUCUACCAGCUGUUCUGCCUGCUGCUGGCGUAUGCCGGCGGCACGGGCGAGGCGACGCGCGCCGCCAAGCGCGGGGCGCUCGACACGCGCGUGGGGCCCUGCUGCUGCUGGCCCUGCUGCUGCUGCCUGCCGCAGCUCGACUUCCAC